CAGUUGCCAGUACGUUCACGUUCAGUGAUAGGAGCAUACACAAGCAUAUGCUCGAAUAUUUGUAUGUAUCACUAAAUAAAAACGUUCUAUUAAUCGUAAACGUUCAUUUCCGUGAAGAAAACGUUUAUACGGCUUAAACAACAACAUAAAUUUGAAUAAAAAACAAAACAAUAGCUAAAAUAACCAUUGGUGCGCAAAGUGCGGUGAAAAAAGUAAUAAUAAAUACAAUUUGUUUUCGGGUCUGAUGUUUAAUUUGCUCGUUUACGUCAAUUACGUUGAGUUUGAGUGAUAAAAUCAUUUACAUUUCGCAGUUGAAUGUUUCAAUUUAUCUCCAAAACACUGAUUUUUAUUGAACAAAUAAACAUAAUCCCUAAACUUUUGCGAAUGUUUACGCGAGCUCGGCCUUGCCAAUAAAGGUGUGACCACCGAUCUUUCUCGUUGCUGAACAACUCGCGUUGUUUUUUACAUAUAUACAUACGCUAAUAGAAAAAAGGAUAAAGCAUCCAACAAAACCACCGACAAAUGAGCUCUUAGAGCUUCGUAGAAUCGGAUUUAAAGUGUCACAGUUUCGAGAAAUAAAAGCACAUCUCAUAAAGAGACAUAUUAUCCAAGACUGAAAAGACUCAUGAGCUUGGACAAUGAGCUAUAUGUUAUUGGAGGUCAAUAAGUUGUAUGUUAUGUGAUGGGGCGGGUAGGAAUCGCUACAAUAUGGGCCGUGACGUGGAUCUGCCUGAUGAGGAGCUUGGAACUGGCUCCUCAGGCAAACUCCAAGCAGGUUCCUUGCGACAAGACACGGAAAAUUUUCACAGACUCAUGGGGCAUGAUAAGCGAUGGGCCUAUGGGUUACAAUUACACUCAGGACUCUCAUUGUGAAUGGCUUAUUAAGGCAAACAAUAGUCGCCAAUUCAUCACUCUGAGCUUCAGAACCAUGGGAACAGAGUGCAGCUACGACUAUGUUUUUGUCUAUGAUGGAGAUUCCUUCAGAUCGCCGCUAUUGGGAAGUUUCAGUGGAAAAACAGAGCCACAACAAGUAACUGCAUCGUCUGGUUAUAUGUUGAUUCUACUGUACAGCGACACCAAUUAUGUACUCGAUGGCUUUCAUGCAGAAUUUUCCGUCACGGAUUGCCCCAACAACUGCACAAGACAUGGAAAAUGCAUAAACAAUACCUGUUUUUGUGAAAAUGACUGGGGUGGCAAAGAUUGCUCCAGAGCUCUCUGCCCAAACAAAUGCUCGAGCGGUGGCACUUGUGGUGUUAAGCGAUGUCAAUGUCACAGUGGUUAUACAGGACAAUCCUGCUCUUUAAAUGGAUCUCAUCCUGAAGGAAAUCGGUGGCAUUGGCUCGCACAUUCGGAGGGUGGAAUGACUCCUCGAGCUGCUCAUACCGCGAUAUACUCAAGUGAGACGGAUUCCCUCUACGUUUUUGGAGGAUACGAUCUGAAUUACGUUCUCAGCGAUUUGGAAGUAUAUCGUUUUAGUACCAGCCAAUGGGAGGACGAAUACGGUGUUAUAUUGGAAGGUGCAUCUUCUGCCGAAUAUUUAGAUCCAAUGUUGAUAGCGAGUGAAUUGGAAAGAAUCGGUCCGGGAGCUGAAAAAUAUGGUUUGCCGAAGACGUCGUUCGUGUGGAAAUUAUUGUACAAAUUUAAAGAGAACACGACGUUCAGUUUGCGUGAGCGAACAACGGUCGACGGUGGUGCACAGGACGGUUGGCGAGAAUUGCGUAACACGCCGGAGCAUCGUGAGCGUGAAAGGAAAGCACAGGAGGCAAGAGAAUUGGAAAUGCGUAAGACAACUGAGAGGAUCGAGAGGAACGAGAGUAUCCGUAGAAAGCAUCCGAAACGUACGAGACCGCGUUAUUCGCAGACGUUGGCGAACAGGCAGCGUCACACGUCAAGUAUACAAGACGACGGAGUGACGUGGCGCGAGCGUGUGAUCGAGAGUCCGGCGCAGGAAAAUGCCUUUUUACAAGAAAUUUUAGAGCCUAAAAUCACAACGGCGAGUACAUCGAGUGAAGAGAGUACAGAAUCGCUGGACGACGAGUUGCCAAAACCGAGUCCUCGUUACGGACACGCGGCGUGUAAGUACGAGGAUGGUUUCGUGAUUUAUGGCGGAAAGGUCGACGAUGGCUCAUUGUCGAACGAAUUAUGGCAUUACAACGUAAACACAAGUAACUGGACAUUGAGGGCGAAAAAUUCACCUUUUUAUCCACCUCGACUGACCAGGCACAGUCUCACUUUGGCCAAUGAAUAUAUUUACCUCUUUGGGGGUAGCACUGUCGAUGGCGAAUUUUCGUCCAGUCUCUACAGGAUAAAGUUAAACCUCACCGAUCCAACAGCCAGUACCGAGAGAUGGAGAGAGGUUCGUCCUCGCGGUGGCAAAGAAUUGGACGUUCGAGUGGUCGCUCACUCCACCGUUUAUCAUCAAGCUACCAAUUCUCUUCUCGUCUAUGGUGGGGUCGUAGCUAGCGUUGCAAGAUUCAGCAAACUCUCCGACCGCAUGUUCGUCUUUCAACUCGAUCGCAAAGUUUGGUCCGAGAUACAUUAUCCACGAACACAUUUACCUGACACUUAUGUCCCGAGAGAAAGAGCUUUUCACACUUGUAACAUUAUCGGCAAUUAUCUCGUUGUUUUCGGCGGUUAUUCUCAUCGACACAACAAAGAGGAAAUUUGUUAUGACAAUCAAAUGUAUCUUUAUCAUCUCGGUUGCCACGCCUGGGUCAGUCAUGAAGUUUUGGGCUCCACGGAUAAAGAUUCAGGCUACCCAAAACAACAGGGAGUUUUUGCCCAUGCCGCAGACGUCCGAAAUGGCAAUACUCUGCUCCUCGUUGGUGGAUAUCAUGGCAACGUUAAUGCCGAUCUUUUAGCUUAUACUUUGCCCUCGAUGCUCGCACCAGGAGACGGCGAUGGCGUUGAACCUGAACAAAUAUGCUGGAAACAUAAGCGUCUCUCGGAAUGCGCUGCCAAUCCUGAGUGCGGUUGGUGCUCUGCUGAUGAGAUCUGUUACGGACGCACAAUCGGCAGUAACUGUACAACAAAUUUGCAAACUACACGGUGCCCUGGAGUUUGUCCAGCUCUGGGCGAUUGUCAUUCGUGUUUGAUACACGGUCAACCGGGUGAUGGUUGGGGAACGAACUCGCGCGGCAAAAGUUCAGUUUCCAACAAAUUGAAUCUUGGGACUUGUACUUGGUGCGUUCAAAAUGCACGAUGUCAUCACAAAGACGAUAAUUAUGGAGUAUGCGGUUUGAGGGACGAUACGCCUUCACAAAUCCCUGGUUGGUGGGGCCCGAAAGGGACAGAAAUAGCCAAAGUUGAAGAAUGUCGUGAGAUGGACAAAAGACCCGGUCUAACUUUCCUCAAGUACAAACCGCCCGUCAACUUCAGUCAACCCGAUUCUGUUAUUAUCGUUAAUGCUACGACCGUAGAUUUCAAUGUACCAUCGAUGCAAGGUGCCAAAACCGAAUCUGCCUUGGGCGGUGAGAUGAUCGCAAAGCUCACCGGAUUUUUAAGACCUCCUCAAUACUUCUGGGACAGUUCUGCUGAACAUUUGAAAAUAUGCGUUAGUUACAACAGCGCUACGCUUCAUGUUUCCUGCAACAACGACCCGGGAGAGUUGGAGCUCGUAGCGAAUUUAACAGCGGAAACAUCGCAAUGUAUACCAACAAGUUGGAGCGACGGUCAACAAAUGACAUUGACACCGGGUCGUUAUCUUUUGGAUUUCGAAUCAAAAAGAAUGGUGACAGCGAAUUAUCGUGAGCCGAGUAAGAUGGAGAUAACGCAUAACAAAAAGAUGGAAAAUCCGAAAGUAUUUACGUUCGAAUAUUUGGAGCCUUAUCAGAACGGUACAUGCGAACAGUACAAAAAUUGUCUUCACUGUUUGACGGAUUCUUCGUGCGGUUGGUGCGACAUAAACAACAAGUGUUUGUCGCGGUCGACGAAUGAAACAGAAACGUGUUCGAUAGAAGUUGACAGAGAUGAGAACGACGAGCCAAUAACAGAGUGGCACUAUUUGACGAUAACGCCGUUCGCCUGUGCCAAUUGUUCCAAUUACAUUUCUUGCGAAUCUUGUGUUGGUAGUAAUUUGUGCGAAUGGUGGACAGAAGAAGCGCGCUGUGCAAGAUUGGGUCGUCUUCCGAGCGCCGUAACGAGCUUAGACGAAUGCCCAAUCCCGUGCAGAGAUCGUUCCAAUUGUACGCAAUGCUUGGAUGAGCGUGGUCGGUGCGUUUGGUGCGAAGCGACCGAAGAAUGUUUCUCAUUUUCGGUUUAUACAUCCGAGUAUCAAUUUGGAUUGUGUCGCGAAUGGAUGGAUCAAGCUGGAUUGAUGGGAGUAACAUCGCGAACCGGUUCUUCGUUGACCGGUAACGAUCAGUGCAAAAGUUGUAGUAGACACAUAAACUGCACGAGUUGUUUACACUCCUUGAGUUGCGGCUGGUGUUACAGCCUGGAAAACCCAAUCACCGGAGUUUGCGUUCAGGGUGAUUUCAAUCAGCCUCACGUGAACUGUAGUUCAACGAUAAACGAUCUGCAAAAUGAGACAACAGCUCUUUUAGGCCUCGAUGAUUCCGGUUGGGCUUACGCACAGUGUCCCGACGUCGACGAAUGCGAUUUGGGCCUUCACGAUUGUCAUCCCAAUGCCGUGUGCACCAACACCCACGGAAGUUUCAGCUGCCAGUGUAAACGCGGUUUCAACGGUGACGGUAAAGAAAACUGCACGAAAACUUGCUACGAGAAAUGCGUAAACGGCUACUGCAGCGAAGCUCCCGACUACAAAUGCGAAUGUAAUCUCGGCUGGACAGGUCCGGACUGUCGUACGAAUUGCGGCUGUAACAACCAUUCGACGUGCCUUCAGGGAGUUGGAAUUUGCGACGACUGUCAAGACUGGACGACCGGAGAAUAUUGCGAGUUUUGCAAAGCCGGUAGUUACGGUAAUGCGACGACAACUCUUGGUUGUAGGAAAUGCAACUGUAACGAGCACGGAGACAAAGAUUUGGAGGUCUGCGAUCGCCAAACCGGCGUUUGUUUCUGUCGUGACAAUACCGAAGGGGACACUUGUCAAAGAUGUAAAAAGGGUUAUUACGGAGAUCCUCGAGACGGCGGCAUGUGCUUUUAUGGUUGUAUGUCCCGAGGCAUGUUGGGUGGAGCUGAAAAUGGAAAACAGGGCUUGGGUAGUCGUCACUCGCAAUUGUCCCUUUGGGAAACACAUCUGGGUGGCACGCCCACUCGAGAAUGUCUCUGGAUUGUCAGCCCUAAAACCGGAUUAUCACCCGACACGAUGACCCCGAGUAUACAAAGCGUUAUACAAUUCACGAUCCACGAUGAUAUUAACAUCAGUUGCCAGGAAAACAGCGUUUACGUUUACGACGGUCUCCCUGAAUUCGUAUCCUCCACGACGAGCCAUCAGAGCCAAUUGCUCGGUGUUUAUUGCACGGAAAGUACCAAUUAUCCCGUUACGGUUGAAGCUAAAUCAGGAUUUCUUACAGUUCAUUACAAACAAUUGGACGAAGUCGAAGGUUUUAAUGCCAGUUACGCUGUUAUGACGUGUGGCAAUUGUCCGGAAAAUCGUGAAUGCAGAAGUGGUAAUUGCCUGUGCAAAACUGGCUUUGUCGGGAUAAAUUGCGACAUCGAAUUGUGUCCACAGAACUGUACUUCCGUCAAGAAACAAGGAAUUUGCGAUAAGGGCUACGGACAUUGCGUUUGUUCACCGGGAUUCGGCGGCCGGGAUUGUUCGAUUAAAAUAAAAAAUAACCAAUUGGUAUUCACCGAGCUAUUCAAUUCUGAAUACUUGGCCGAUCAUUUGGAUCAUUUGAGAAAAACUCUUCCUCGCUUCGGACACAGUCUCGUUGCUGAUCGUCGUGGCAGUUUGUGGAUGUUUGGUGGUUAUUCUCUCAGCCACGGACCUUUGAAUGACAUUAGAUUGUUCGAUACGAAAAACAAUACGUGGAUGCCCGUCACCGUCGAAUCAACCUCUGAAGCUUCCAUGCCACAAGGUCGAUAUUUUCAUGCUGCUGAAAUCGUUCACAGUCGUCAACAGAUUUACGUAUCCGGCGGUUUGUCCAUGAAGGAAGAAGGUGUCCAGGGCCUUUCGAACAAUACUCUGAGUGACUUUUGGAAAUUUAGCUUACAAAAUCAACGAUGGAGCCUCGUUAAACAAGAUACUUUUAAAAAAGAACCUCCUCCACUCGCUGGACACACUCUCACUCUUCGCAGAGAUGGCGAAUCCGAAAGCCUCAUCCUCCUCGGUGGCUUCAGCCCCAAAUAUGGCUAUCUUGAUACAGUUUGGGAAUUCAAUCUCGAAACUGAAGUCUGGGACACUAUUAAUACCGUCGGCAAUGGACCCUUGGGUGUUUAUGGGCACAGCACCGUUUAUCAUAGUAAAUCUGAUAGCUUUUAUAUCUUCGGUGGUUACACUUACGCCAUCAAUCGUACUUUUAUAUCCAACAAAUUGUAUGCUCUUAACUACAAAUCUCGAGCUUGGUCCGUUCUUCCACCGUUCGAGGAUGAAUUCUCCGACGGCAGUAGCUUGCCUCAAGCACGUUUCCUCCAUUCGGCAGUGACGACAGACGAAUACAUGGUAAUUUUCGGAGGACGACAGAAUCCACACAACACAACGGAUGCUCUAAUAGCGUAUAAAUAUUCGUGUAAUCUUUGGAUCCGUUUAAUAACAAAAGAUAUGGAAAUCAUCGGGAAUCCACCACCUCCGGCUUACGCUCAUGCGAUGACACAUGCCGAUCCUGAGAGUAACGCAAUUUACGUCGUUGGUGGUUUCGACGGCGGCAUCAAGAGUCACGUUACUCUUAUCAACAUUCCGGAGGAUCUCUGCAAUUUGUGGACCGACAAAACUACAUGCAGAAAAUAUUUCGGCUGCUCGUUCUGCGCUGUUACCACUAUCGCUGGUAAUAAUGUCUCGUAUUGCUUCUCCAACGAAGAAUCCGUAAAUAGAGACGACAAAUGUGAUAUUAACGUAACCCAGGCCCAACGAUCGAACGGAAUAUUCUGCAAUUCCCAAUGGAUGGCUGGUAGAAAGUGUCAAAAUUUUAGGACGUGCACCGAGUGCUUAGCCCAAUGGCCGUAUUAUAAAGGCGCCGACGAGGUUUGCAAAUGGUGCACAAAUUGUCCACACGGAAAAUGUAUACCUUCGGAGAAGGAUUGUGAUGAGUUGCACAAGUGCAAUAUUAGACAAAUGUCCGUUACCGACGUCAAUCAAUGCGGGGAGAGUCGAUGCCCGGCCAGUGAUUGCGAAAAAUGCAAAAAUCUUGGUGAUUGCGUUUGGACUCGACAAGUCUUAAAAACUUCGGAACAAGGAGUCGAGAUAACUGCUGAGCCAAAAUACGAUUGGAACUGUGUGCCAAAAGAUAUUUUCGAAAGAUUUAGUUUUAAAAUGGCCAGCACUGAGUGUGAAAAGAGAUGCGGGGAUCACAAGGAUUGUCGAAGUUGUUUAAGGGGAACGGGCUCCGAAGGUGGUUGGAGAGAAUGUCGAUGGUCUACCCAAUUAAACGAAUGCAUAUCUCCGUCUUAUCAACCUCUGUAUUGUGCCGGUGGUGUUUGUGGCUUGGUACUACGCAACACUGACGUCGAACAUUGUCCCGAGCCCUGUGCUGUUUUUAAGCAAUGCAGCACGUGUCUGAAACAUUCUCACUGCGGUUGGUGCUCUCUCGAUUCCGCAAACGUCACCGGACAAGGAAUUUGUACCGAGGGUUCGCUCGAAGCACCGACUGAUCAUCCGGCUGGUGGAACUUGCGAAAUGUUGUACAAUCAACAAAAUCCUCCGACCGAAGCUCCAAUUGCAACGACGCUAAUACCCCAAGAGUUGGAAUCUUCCGAAGCUCAAGAAAACGAAACAGCGGUUAUGGUAAUUUUGCCAAAAACCGUUUUUUCCUGGCACUACGUACGUUGCCCACCAGAGAACGAAUGUAUGAACGGACAUCACACUUGUUCACCGAAAAGCGAAAAAUGUUUCGAUCUCGACGUAGGGUUUGAGUGCAUGUGCGGUGACGGAUACAAGACUGAAACUACCUGGUCUUUUAACGAGUUUGGAAGAAAAACUUGCGUGCCCAUGUGUACACAAGGAUGUGUCAGAGGAACCUGUGUCGAGCCGAAUGUUUGUCGUUGCGAUUUUGGAUACGUCGGUGCAAAUUGUUCGAUACAGUGUCAGUGCAACGGCCACAGUAAUUGUGCUGGUCCGGAUAAGCUUGACGAGUGCUUGAAAUGUCACAACAAUACCAUGGGGCCUCAAUGUGACAAGUGCGAACCACUAUACGUCGGGAAUCCAGCUGAUAAUGGGCAAUGCGUACCGUGCUUAGAAUACUGUAAUGGACACACCCGAAUUUGUAUUAACGAGAGCAUGACUGUUUCCGACCCCAACUCGGUGGACAAAAUGUCGAUCGAACUAUUGACAAAACAGCUAGUCGAAGGACCGGUAGCUAAAGCAAAAUGUGUUAAUUGUGGCAAUAAUACGAGAGGCGACAAAUGCGGCGAAUGUGUUUCUGGCUAUUUUCGCGGUACCGAAGAUCUGCGCGAUGUUUGUCGACCGUGCGAAUGUCACGGUCACGGUUUUACUUGCGAUCCGGUGACCGGUGAAAAGUGUAAUUGCGGUAACAACACCGAAAGUGAGCCAUCGUGUACAAGCGGUCCGACAAAAGGAACUAACACUGGUGGUGUACCAUGUUGGAUGGUGCAGUGCAGUAAAUGUCGUGAAAAUUACGCAGGCACACCAACGGGAGGUCAUCAGUGUUACAAAACAGUAACCGUGGACAACAAAAUGUGCUUUGAUUCGAAAUUAAUCGGAUCUUACGACGAAUGCAAGAUGAAACCGAAACCUUUGAACCCUGGACAAACCGUGUUUUACAUGGUACAACCCCGAUUCAUGAACGUCGAUAUUAGAGUUAUGGUCGAUGUCACUCAAGGAGCUCUCGAUUUAUUCUUCAGUCCCCGCGACGACUCGUUCGUAGUCACACUAAACUCGACCACUGGUUACCAAGACGUCGAGUUGGAUCACAGAUUCAAAUGGCGAAAGGAUCCGUACGAGAAUUGGUUAGGCGAGCAUCCGCCGCCAGGUGCGCGAGUGGUAGAGUUUCAUUCGCACAGUGCAUUUCCAUACGGGAGUAAUUCAUCGAAUGGCGAAUCGAAUUGGAACAUGGGGCCGCAGUAUCUCGUGUUGGAGCGUCAAGCAGACGCGCUGGCAACGUUUUUGACGAUAACCCGUAGAAACACGUUUUUGGUAGUGCGAAAUUUAACGAAUCGUUUGGUGUUGACAUUGCCACAGGACAAGCAUGAACUCGGUCAAACCAAGUUCCACAUUGCCCUACGAGCAAUCGACCCGCCUCAUUCUGAGACGAACGAGCGUGCAGCUUAUGGAAUGAUAUUUUUCAGGCAGGAUCAAUUACACAUCGAUCUGUUUGUAUUUUUUUCGGUUUUCUUCUCGUGUUUCUUUCUUUUUCUCGCGGCGUGCGUCGUCGCUUGGAAAACUAAACAAGCGGCUGAUAUUCGACGUGCUCGACGAAGGCACGUCGUAGAAAUGCUUCACAUGGCCAAAAGACCGUUCGCUUCGGCGACUAUACUCUAUGAUCGCGAUGGCAACGAGUGCAGUCCUAGCUCUCCGCAACGUAAAGGAAGACGGAACAAACUCGUUAAUUUUCACAGUGAUGUCAGACCCGUCGCGGUUGAACCAACCGACGAUGGCGUCGCUGCCGUUGCUACCGUAUUUAUAAGAUUACCUGGCGGUCGACAUGCUCCUGUCAAGUUGGCCCUCGGCAGCUCUCUCAUUCUUUUAACACGCGUUUAUCCUGUUAACAGUCGAGUGUUCCUACGACGCAGAAACAGCCACGCUGUUAAUUGAGCUUACCUUGCUCUCUAUCGUUUUAUGAGUUUCUUUUGUUAUUCCAUCAUUUCGAAUCUUUUUGAAACGACAGCUCAGAAACAUUGAUGUAUUUUCCAAAAUACGUUCGAGUGAAGAAAAUAUUUUUUCAAUGAUUACUUUUUUCCGAAUAUUUUUCCGUUGUUUUUGAAAUCCAAUUUCUCUAUCAAUAACCAGUUUCCUUCCUUUUCAUUUUUUCCGAAUUUUCGUCAUCGAAAGACGAGGAAGAGUCCGUGUUUUACACAAUUUUUAACUUAACACAUUCGUCCUCACGAUAUUUAGAAAUAAUCCAAGCGACGAUUGCAUUCUGCAGGGACAGAAGCAUUUAUAAAUUAUAUGGAAAUUCUUUGAACUUAAUGGCGUCUUCAAACGUGUUUGAAAUUGGUCGAUUCAUCAUGUUCAAUGGAAUUUCAUACAUUCCUCUGUUUAGUAACAAUUUUAUAAAAUUUCGAAAAUACGUAAAAUUACACGAGGAAAUCCUUAGUUGCCAUCGGACUAAGUGAGUUUUUAUAAAGCAUUAAAAGUCCAAGAUGAUGAGAAUUAUUCUAAAAUAAAAUAUUCUCCCUCGUCUUCUAAGCAGGGAGUCGUCGUUGGCCAUAAUCAAUGCAGAGCCCUACAGCCGUUAUAUUUAAAUGGCGGCACAGUGGUUUAUAAACGCUAUGAACAAUUUUCAAAAUAUUAAAAAUGUUAUCUGAAAAAGGGAUUUAAUCCACGAUGCACGUGAACGAAAAGUGUUUCAAUCAAAAAUCAGAGUAGUAGCUUCAAAAAAACGUGGAAUUUAAUCAUAAAAAAGGGAAGAAUUCGAAAGUGUCAAUUUUAUCUCAAACGUCUAAAUAUCCCACCAGAAUUCGAAAUGAUCUGCCACGCUAAAAAAAUCUCUAAUUUCUUCUCAACAAUCGCGUCUACAAUUUUUUGCUUUGUUCUCAAUUAACAAAACCAGUUGAAGGAGAACUCGAAUAGAAUUAAGAAACAGUGAUAAAGAUCUGCAUAACGAUUUACAGGCAGAAUCAUAAGUGAUUUAUCAUUGAUUCAUUAUUUGUUUAUUGCUCUUUUUUUCAUGUACAAUGAUAAUGAUGUAAAUGAGAAUUCAGAUAUUCACGAGCAUUUGAAGAAAUCCCUCCUUGUAGGUAGGCCGAUAUUUGUAAUAUAGAUUCUAAUGGGAUUUUAUGGUAUCGAUGAUCAUAAUAUAUAGGAUAAUUAAUAUGCAUAUAUAUUAUAUAUACAUAAGUAUGUGUAUAUAUAUUGUCAUACCAUUCCAUGACGAGACUGUAAGUUUGUAUAUAAUGAAUCUGUAAUUAAUGUAUUAAUUAAUGAGCGUUGAAGACACUUUUGUAAAAGUUAGAAAGAAAAAGGAAAACGGUUAUAUUCACUACGGGACAUGGUUUUUGUGUCUUAUUGUUAAAGUCGACAUGGGCGAAUCUCUCGUUCGAGGUGGAAUUUAUUUUCAUCGAUAAUAUAAUAUAUUUUCGUUCUCCUCGGGGAUUUUUUCCGUUAAAGUUGUAUUAUGUCUGAAAUAAGGGAAGACAAGAAUCAACGUGUGAUCAUGUGAAGAAAGGAAGAGCAAAAACAAUAAAAAUCACGUCCUUUCAGCUCGACUCGAGAUUCAAAUCAAUUUGUUUUACGUGGUUGUGGGCUAAAUUACGGGUCGGUGCUGGACUAGGUCUCGCACAAUAUGUAUAAAUAACAGUAUUAAUUAAUUGGUUGGAGGCGAGAGCUCGAGGUUUGAUAUUAUAUACGAUGGUUCCUAAGUAAAAACAAAAAAGAACAGAAACACUAUGGAAAAUAGAAAAAAAUACGGCGCUCGAAACGAACACUCGAUUUUGCGUACGACGCUGCGAUGUGUAUACAUUUUAUCGUAUUAAAUAUGUUAAAAUCCGUUGAAACUCUCCGAUAUAUAAAUAAACUCUACCGAGUCUCUUGAUUGAAGAAAAAUCAAUUGUCCCGACAGUUACGAAACAAAAUUUGUAGAAGUUUCAACACUUUUUGUUUCUUUAUCUCCUAGCAAGUGCUGAAACGGAUUGUAAACAUCGUACUUUUUUGCCUUCGUCGUUUCCGUUCCCGGGUAUGCGCUAUGAAUAUAUAAAUUUGUAUCUAAUAUUAUAACAUAUACAUUUAAUAUAUAUCUAUACAUUUUACGACGCAAGAUGUUUCAUUCGACAUUUUUUUCACUGCGUUGCCAAUUAGGGUCUUAUUAUAAUGUUUCCUUGAUCAUGUUUCAGUCACUUUUGGAAUCAAGACCUUUUACCUCGUGCUGAUCGAUUCCAUUCUCCCGACGGAGCAAUUACUAUUUUUGCAGCUAUGAAAUAGAAAUUUUACGAAUUUUGAACCCGAGAAAGUACACCGAAGACGAAUUAUUGUUUGCUCUUUUCAUUUGAAUAAUUUUUGAAUUUUUUCCUCGAGUUAAGAUUGAACGACGCAGUGAUACCGCAUUUUCGUCGAUAUUCGAUCAUUUUCAUAAAACACAUUCUGUAGAGACUACAUUUUUGAACGAACAAAGUGUGAUGGAGUAAUCCUUAGCUCAAUCAUGGUGCAACCUUAAUAUCUUGAUUCUAUUGUGACUGUCGUUGUGUAGAUUCGAGCGUUAUUGAACAGAAACUCUAUUUUGUAUAUUACAACAAUUUUCCUAAAGUGGAUGAAGAAACAGUGUAGACACAUAUGGACGGUGUACGGUAUAACACAUCGCGCCGAUCUACCAAAGGUGAGCGUCGUUAAAAAAAAUGUCUGAUGGGUUGUAAACAUGUGAUGCAAAAAAUCCGCAAAACUCAUCAAUUUACCAAGGCGAAUCACGAGUGUUCAGGAAAUCGUCGGGUCACAAAAAAAAAUUUUGAAAUCAAAGAAUUUGCUGAGGUUGUAAGAGUAAGGAAAAUUUUAAGGAUUGUAUCAAGGGCGCUUUAAUAAAUAUAUGUGGAAAUCGA